UAUAUAUGAAAUAAAUAUCCGCCAUACAGAGCAGUUGAUUUUGUUGUUGUUGAAAUGCAAAACUUGCGAUGUAACUAGGUUAUAUGUUCAAACAAGAGAAUAAUUUUCUGUGAAGAUGCUAGGAACGCUGUAAUUUUAAGAUGAAGAUGCUUUUAACAUAAAAGAACAGGAUGGGUGCGUUUCUGGACAAGCCAAAGACAGAUAAACACAAUGAACAUGGUUGUGGCAAUGGUUUACGUUAUGGAGUUGCAAGCAUGCAAGGAUGGCGAGUGGAGAUGGAAGAUGCACACUGUGCUGUCACAGGGCUAGGUGAAGAGCUGCAACAGUGGUCAUUCUUCGCUGUGUUUGAUGGUCAUGCUGGAGCCAGAGUUUCUGCUCACUGUGCAGACCACUUGCUGGAAUGCAUUGUACAAACAGAGGAGUUUCGUCACAAUGAUGUCAUCAAGGGUAUUCGGUCAGGGUUCCUUCACCUGGAUGACCGCAUGCGAGAACUUCCAGAAUUGGCCAGUGGAGAGGAUAAGUCAGGCUCAACGGCUGUGUGUGCGCUGGUGUCCCCACGCCAGGUAUACGUGGCUAACUGUGGAGAUUCCCGUGCUGUGCUGUGCCGUUCUGGCCAGCCAGUUUUUGCCACACGAGACCACAAGCCUGUCCUCCCAAGCGAAAAGGAACGUAUCAUUCGUGCAGGAGGGAAUGUGAUGAUCCAGCGUGUGAAUGGAUCACUGGCUGUAUCUCGUGCACUCGGUGACUACGAGUAUAAGAAUGUGGUAGGAUGUGGUCCCUGUGAGCAGCUGGUCUCACCUGAGCCUGAAGUGUCCGUCAUGGACAGAGAUGAAGACCGGGACGAGUUCCUGGUGCUGGCAUGUGAUGGUGUGUGGGAUGUCAUGUCCAAUGAGGACCUUUGCGAUUUCGUGCGAUCCCGACUUGCCCUUACAAACGAUCUUGAGAACAUUGCAAAUCAAGUUAUAGACACCUGUCUUUAUAAGGGCAGCAGAGAUAAUAUGAGUAUUGUGCUAGUCACCUUCCCAGGAGUUCCACAGCCUUCUUCAGAAGCCAUUCAACAAGAAGCUGAACUCGAAGCCACGAUAGAGAGGAGAAUAACAGCAUCGGGAUUCAUCUUACUACUGGUGCCUUCCAUGCUAGCCCUCUGGAGAGUCUAUAUGUGUGACCUGGAGAACCCCCACUCAUCCUGUGGAGGAAUCUCCUUCUCUACAGAUACAUGGAAAAGCUGUCAACACAGCCCCAUCACCCACCAUGCAGUGAGGUCUUUCACCACAUCCACAACAACAGAACUGGUUCGACAUGGAGAUGGAUUGCAGUUUCUUCAUGUCUUUCAAACGCUGGCAGAUGAAGACAUCCCUGGCUUGCCUCCUGGUGGAGGUCUUAGUGCCAAGAGAAACUUCAUUGAAAAUGUCUACAAGAAACUGUGUCCAAACCAAGCAGACAGUGAUUCUUCAUAGAGUGCAGGUUUAUUGUGGCCAAAGAGAGGACUUGAUGAUGCUGCAAUAUCAGCAUGUAUGUUGCUGGAUGAAUAGAGUGGCCCACAUCUGGCAUCCAAGAGUUAAACGUUGGAUUUUGACCCCUGUAAUUUUUCAAUGAAGGGAAAAUUUGACACCGUAAGGAUUUAAAUACAGUAUACUUUGUCAGUACCUUAAUAGAAUAAGUUGUUAUGGGUCUCUGGACAAAAUAUAUUUGCAGUUGUGAAUUGGUUUCUGUAUUGCAAACUUUGGUACACAAAUUAAUAGACAACACAUUUUCUUUGUUGAUAUUCACUUACUGAAUAACUUGAAAUUAAACUUAUCAAAGGAAGAUAAAUAAGAAAUCUGGAUGUUUAAGCAAUUCAAAACCUAUCUGUAUGGGAGUGUCUGAAAUAGUUCUGUAUUUUAAUGUUACGGUACAUAAGUGUUACAGAUUGGUACAGUGGGUCAUUCUUAUUUCAUAAUGCUGUUUGUGAAGUGGUAAGUUUUGUUCAUCAAGUAUAAAAUGCCCAUACAUUGGUGUGAUGGCAUAUACAUUCUAGAUUUGGUGUUUGUAAAGUUGAGAGCAUUUCUUGAGUUAGUUGUUUGGAAGUUGUCAUGUUUUUUACCCCAGAGAGGAUAAAGAUGAUUAAUGCAUUCUUAAAUUGAUCAUAUAUGAAAAGACUUGGUACUGUAUAGUAGGAUUGCUGUUGUGGUUACCACUGAGAUACUUAAUACUUUAAUACUCAUACUGGUGCACAGCACAGCUUGGGAAGUUCUGCUUUUCAAAAUGUCAUUUCUUUGAAAUAUUUAUGAAUUAUGUAUUUAUCUUUUCAUGUUACAAUAUUUAAAUAUUAUUAUUCCCUGACUCACCUUAAAAACGCCAAAAUUCUGUAAUACAACCCACUUGAUAAUGGAAAUUGUUUAGAAAUUUCAGUGUAGAAGAUUGAUUUAAAUUAAGUACCAUAAAAUGAAGUGACACGAGCACACAAAUUAUUUACACUCUUGAUUUAGACUGUAUUUCCUUCGGCAAGUGCAAUUUCAGUAUCAUUAUGUUUAAAGGAAUUCAAGCAAUAUAAAAUUUACAUCAGCAUGACAUAAAUUUAAAAUUAGCAUUGUGGUGAUGAACAUUAUUAUGUAUUUAUUACAUUGUGGCAUUCUUAAUAUUAGAGGAAUACAUUUUGUGAAUAUGUUUUUGGGAAGUGUUGACCAUAAAACAUUAAAUUGAGAAAGUGUAAGUUUGCUCUCUGUGUAAGCUGUAAAUUAUUUAGGAUAAUUUUAAAAUAUUUUAAUAUUGAUAAAUUAAAAAAUAAUGACAG